AUGGGUCACAUUAAGAGUUUUCCCCAUGCACAUCCAUUUCACACAGCUGGAGAGAAGCAGCACAAGGCUACAUUGAAAGAAUGGGCCCUGAAGAAGAGUAAUUGGCAUAAAGCUAAUAAAGAUGUUGACCUGGCCAACUUUGAUCAGGAGAAUCCCCACCCCUGUCCCCCCAUUCAAAAUUGGAAGGCCAGCACUCAUAUGUCAAAAAAUGCCAUCAAGAAAAUCCACCACUUCCAGAGCUCUACCAAGCUAAUCUUGCUGGUGGCCCCAUUCCAGCAAUUAGUUCAGAAAAUUACUUUGUCCUGUCAUCAAGAACAUGAAUAUUACUGGCAACAUACUGCCAUUGAGUCACUUCAGAAGACAGCUGAAGCAAUCUUGUGUGCUCUGUUUGAGUGCUCUGUUAUGGCAAUGGCGCACCAUAAGCACAUUAUGGUCAACACCAAUGAUAUGAAGCUCAUUCUUGGCAUCAGUACCAAAAUCAGGUCAAACUAUUUCAGCCCAAUUGAUGCACCUGAUUACUCCACCCCUGCCACCAUCACCCAUCACCCACAUGCUGCCCUCAUCCCACCAACUACUGCUGCCACCUUUCUGUCUCCCCCCAGCAUCAUCAGGAUCUCCACCCAUCAAAUGGUGGGUAUUAGAGCCCCUGUCUGGUUCACAAAGCUGGUUCUGGAGGAGCAGGAGGAGGAGAAGAAGAAGAAGAAGAAGAGAAAGAAGGAGAACAAUAAUAAUGAUGAAGAUGAUGAUAAUGAUGAUUAA